CUGGCUCCGGCCAAUGAUUGCUAACCGAUUCCUCGUUAGCUCGAAUGGAAAUGUCCGUCGGCCGGCUCAAUUUUUUUUUAAAAAACGUGUCGUCUGCGUGAACGCGAGGCGCUCGUCGGGAAGUAUCUCCCCGGCGAAACUGGUUUUAAUUGCCGGUUGAAACGAUCCGGGCCUCCGCCACGUUCUUCUCCGACAAAGAAACAGGGCCGACGCUGUCGUGGAUGUGAGAAAUGUCCGUUUUACGCGGUGGACGGCGUGUGUGUGUAAGGGGUCGUUUGCCUACCGAAGAUGGACGGAGACGGGGCCACGACCGACGCCUCCCAGCUGGGCAUGUCCGGGGAGUACAUCCCAUCCUCGCACUACGUGCUGCAACAAGAUGACGACGGCGACGAAGGUUUGAACGACCACGACGACGGCGGCGUGAAGGAAAACUACCGGGAGCAGGACAUCUACCUCCCCAUCGCCAACGUGGCCCGCAUCAUGAAGAACGCCGUCCCGCAAACCGGAAAGAUCGCGAAGGACGCCAAGGAGUGCGUGCAGGAGUGCGUGAGCGAGUUCAUCAGCUUCAUCACGAGCGAGGCCAGCGAGCGCUGCCACCAGGAGAAGCGCAAGACCAUCAACGGCGAGGACAUCCUGUUCGCCAUGUCGACGCUGGGCUUCGACAUGUACGUGGAGCCGCUCAAGCUCUACUUGCAGAAGUUCAGAGAGGCAAUGAAAGGGGAGAAGGGCAUGCCCGGCGUGUCUGUGGGUGAAAGCUUAGGAGAGGAGCUCACGGAUGACGGCUUCGCAAACCCUCUCCCAGCGGGAAUUAUCACGGCUGACGGCCAGCAGCAAAACGUGAUGGUGUACACCACCUCGUAUUCACAGAUCCCCACCGUGCAGCAGAUCCAGUUUUCAUGACGAGGCCUCACCUCCGGCGAGAACCAAACGAACCUCUGAACCUGCCGCGGGUGGCAGAAAGCCAUUCAGGAGGAAGGACUCGGGUGCCGCCGUCUGCCGCAGAACCCUUCAUGUACAGACAAAAUCACUACCUGUUGAGUAGAAAGUUAGUUUCCAGUUCCGCUUGAUUUUCGCCAGGCCGUUCAGAAGGGUCUCCAACUAGUUGUAUGGUACCAAAUGUUUUGGAUUUCAGAUAAACUGCCAGGACAAGCUGUUAUGUAUUUGAAAGGCUAGUUUUCAUGCGACGCAUUUAGUCAAAUUUUUUUUUGUGUAUGUGCAUGUGCGAUAGCGAGUUUGCUUCAAUGUUUUGUUUUGUUUUUUUAGCCUCUGGGAAUGCAGCAGGCUAUCCAAAGCAAAAAAAAAAAAAAAACCUGUGUGAAUAAACCGGCUUUUUUUUGUAAAUUCACCCAAUUUUUGUGCUUAUGACAUGUCCUGCAACUCAUUUGAAUAAAAACAUGUUGUCUGUGUAAACUUUACAGUAUUUUUUAUUUAUAGCAUAAAAAUGCCCAAUAAAACUGAAUCUAAUUUUCC